UUCUUGACUUUCAAGGCUGGCAGAGAGGAAGUAAACUUUCUAGAUUUAGCUGAGCUUCAUCGAUGCUUCAUCUCUAACAGUGCCAGUUUGAGUGCACUGGGCCAUCCAGUAUUGUUGGUUUGAAAUGUUUGAGCACUUGGAACCCAUUGUCACUCAGGUUGAGGAUACGGUCGCAGUGGUUGUAUCGAUUGGGUUCAAGUUACUGGAAAGUUUGCAAUUCGGAUCGGCCUCGAAGUCGGACAUUGCGUGGGCCGUCGGUCUCACCAAACUCGGUGAAUAAUUCUGUAUAAUCAUGUUCAAGUUGUACACUGUCGUGUUGCUUUGUCUCCGUUAUCUUGUCACCAGAUUGCAAGCCGUCGGUUUCAAGUCUCUUGGAUAUUCACAGGUCUUUCUUGACGCAUCAAAACAUACUUGGUGGGUAAUCGACCCAGCUCUUCCUGAUCUUACCCCAU